UGAGGAAUCACUGUGAGUUUGCAACUGCGAGCUAUUUUCUUGUUCUUGGGGUCAUCGGUCUCAGUGACCUCUUCGUUUCGUCUCUAGGAUAUUGUAGCAGGUAGCGUAGAAUUAAUAGGUUUGUUUUAGGUUGUGCAAUGUGACUCGCGGAAGUAAUGGUAGAAAUGUGUAAAUGAGGGGGUAAGUUGGACCUUCCUUUGAAUGAAGUGAGAGGUGGCGGUAGGGAGAUAAUGGGGGUUUGGGAGGAGGGACUGUACGUAAGGAGGUGUUCGAAGGAAGGUAGCGGUGUAGUAAGACCUGUUGUAUUCGCGUGUCUGUAAUCGCUAAGUGAGCUGGUAGGUAUGGUCCUGUGAGGAAUCGCCGCUGUGCUUCAGUUGGAUUGCCGUUCUUCGAAGGCGGGAAAGUUUGCAGUGAUGAACAAUGUGAUGCAUUACUCAAUGCUGAUGUUAUGCUGUGCACUAUCCCUUUCUUGAAGAAAUCUGAGAAGGUGUGCUGAGAGGCUGCAUGUAUCUAAGAAGUGCACCAUGCUCUUCAACAGUGAUAUUCUACAUGCUCCAGGCGGCACUGAGAUUUGUACAGCCUGUAGUUCUUAGAGAGGAGUAGUUUGUGUUGUUUAGCGGCUAUCGUGGCCAUGGUUAUUAGUGUUCCUGGUUAUGCACACUAAGAAGGGCGUAGUUUAGAGGUAUGGUCGUCUGCAGCUACAAGAACCGUAGACCAGCAUACUUCCUGCUUGGGAAGUUACUGCGCAUGGGACCGCAUUGUCGAUGACGAGGAGGAAGAGCAAAUGCUGAUUUGGAUUGAGUUUAAUUUGGAAGUCGUACCUUGGACGGUUAUCAUGAAGGCCUCCAGGAAAACUUUGCUGGUCUUGCUGUGGACGUGGAUGUUGCCCUCAGCGUGUGCUGCACUUGCGCCGGAAACACAAGCGCUGCUUGACUUCAAGGCUGGGCUUACUAAGGGCGACAUUUUGCUUAGCUCUUGGAAUAACACCAAUGUAGACUCCCGCGGGUGUCCUGUCCAGUGGAAAGGUGUGACGACGUAUGACGGCAAUGAAUGUCGAGUUGUUGAGCUUUGGCUGCCGGCGAGUGGUUUAGUGGGCAGUAUUCCGCAAGCCAUUGGCGGUCUACUGAGCCUGGUUAACCUCUCAUUGGCGCAAAAUGAGCUCGGAGGCGACAUCUCCCCAAUUUUGAAGCUGCCAAACCUCAUGCGUCUCUUCCUCUCUGGAAAUGCUUUCUCAGGUGCUCUAAAGUUUGAGGUCGCUUCGAAGUUGGUUGUGGUGGACCUCAGCGACAAUAACUUCUCAGGCUCCAUCGAAAUUCUGUUUCCAGAGGGCCUUGCAGAUAUGGACCUUUCUGGGAAUGCUUUUGCUGGUAACAUACCCCAGGAGCUGUUCCAGAAAACUACUCUCAAGACUCUUGAUCUUAGUCGAAAUAAGUUGAGAGGACCAAUACCUGCCGUGCUGCUUAUGGUCUCCCUCACAACUCUUAGGUUGUCAGACAACAUGCUCGAGGGACAACUUCCACUUGAGUUGUUCAAUGAGCAGACGCCACAACUUCGAGAGGUGGAUCUCAGUCGGAAUCAGCUCAGCGGUAGCUUAGGUCCUGUGACAACCAAAGUCAUGAGUAUAUUGAAGCUUGCUUCCAAUGGUCUGACAGGCCCUCUGCCUUCAAAAAUACAGUCUUGUAGUGUGAUUGAUUUAAGUAAUAACCAAUUUUCUGGAGGAGUAUCGUUAAGCAAAUGGAGCGCCAACCUCCGGACGCUGGACCUCAGUCAUAAUAACCUCAGUGGUACCAUAGACAACGCAUCCCUGGUCCAGCUAUUUCAGUUGAAUGCUCUCAAUCUCAGCUCCAAUCAGCUUUCUGGUUCUAUCUCUCCACAGCUGUUGGCAUCGCCCUCCAUCACUGAGCUAGUUUUAUCACACAACCAAUUCCAAGGGCCUAUUCCCAAUCCGUCCACGGCAACAACUUUGCCCCUCAGUUUAUUGGACCUAUCCUACAAUCAUUUAAGUGGAGGUAUUCCUGAUUCAUUAGGUUCAUAUCUUAAACUCGUUGUUCUCAACUUGAGCACAAAUCAGUUGGAGGGAACCAUACCGGGGCGUUUAUCUAAUCUGGUGCAGCUUCAACUUCUCGACCUGUCCAAGAACUUGCUGAGUGGCCUCAUACCUGCAAAGCUCUCUUCACAGCUAGAGAGCUUGAAUGUAUCUGGCAACAAUUUAUCAGGCACAGUACCUUCAAAUCUUGCCAUCUUUUCGAACUCAUCUUUCUAUCCUGGAAAUCCGAACCUCCUAUUCCCAAAUGCGCCUUCUGAUGCUCCAGGCUCUGGAGUACAAGUUACCUUGGGAAACAGUCACAAACAAGUGAAAAUCGCGUUGAAGAUUGGGUUGAUAGUAGGGAUCACUCUUGGUGCAGUAUUCAUCGCAGCAUUAACCUUGGUUAUAUAUUUUUGCAAAAUGUUAAAACCUUCGAUGAAACCACCUGUUACCAAGUCCGUAGACCAGGAUACCAAACCAAAUACCGACGUUGGUGUGGUUGUCGAGCAACCUGAUGUUCCAUCCUCAGUUCCCAGGGGUUCUGUAAAGGGUGCACUAGCACCACCUAAAGCAAGAAGUGAUAUCAAAAGGGAUGCGCUCGACUUGCAGAAGAGUGGCGAAUCACCGAUGCGAACCAAGUGGCGAACUGGAGGGACGCCCUCUGAUGAUGAUGGCUCGGUCUCUGCUGAGCACCCCAUGGUGUUGAAAGUCAAAUCUCCGGAUCGCUUGGCUGGCGACCUUUUCUUUCUUGAUGCGACGCUUCUCUUCACUGCUGAGGAUUUGUCACAAGCUCCAGCAGAGGUUCUAGGAAGAAGUAACCAUGGCACGUCAUACAAAGCUACCUUAGACAAUGGCCACGUGCUUACAGUGAAAUGGCUCCGUGAGGGCCUUGCUCGAAACAAGAAGGAGUUCACCAGGGAGGCCAAACGAUUUGGGGGUAUCAAGCACCCAAACGUUGUUUCAUUACGAGGCUAUUAUUGGGGCCCUCGAGAACACGAGAAGCUUCUGUUGUCUGAUUUCAUUUCCACAGGCAGCCUAGCUCAUCAUUUAUAUGAAAGGACAGGGCGUAGGCACCCUAUACUGACAUGGGAGCAGCGGCUACAAGUAGCAGUUGGAGUUGCUAGUGGGUUGGCUUGUCUGCACAACAAGCAUGGAGUGGCCCAUGGUAACCUCAAGGCAAACAACGUUUUUCUUCAGGGCCCGCAGUUAACUGCCAGGGUGUCCGACUACAGUCUCCAUCGUCUGAUGACUGUUGCUGGGACUGCCAAUCAGAUCUUGAACGCAGGUGCCCUUGGGUAUCGGUCUCCUGAGCUGGCUGCCACACGCAAACCUAAACCCUCAUUAGUAGCUGAUGUGUACGCACUGGGUGUAAUUUUAUUAGAGUUACUUACAGGCAGAGGUGCUGGAGAUAUAAUGUCUGCCAACUCUGGGGCUGUGGAUUUACCGGAUUGGGUUAGGUUGGUCGUCAAAGAAAGCAGACCAGUGGAUUGCUUCGACACGGCGCUUGUGGGUUUGCACAGAGAGCAAGAGCCUCCCAAGAGCAUGCAUGAAGUGCUAACCAUAGCCCUCUCAUGCAUGACUCCUCAAGCAUCGAGGCCAACUGUUAAGUGCAUUCUAGAUCAGUUGGUUGCUUUGACAGAUGCUUGACAGUCGAUACUGUUUGGAAGAUGGGUUCUUUGAUACAUUAUGUACAUUUUCUGCUUGUGUGUUCUUACAUUCAAAUUGUUAAGCAUUUAACGAUUACCGUGCAA